AUGCGUUACUUGCUGUUGGAUCUUAUACCAUACGUAAUUAUGCUGAAAAAGCCCAGACAUUUGACUAAAACAGAUCAACUUGAUGUUAACAACCUUAGCACUGUUAUGCGAACCAAAGACAACGCUAAUUUUGAAAACAAACUGUUGCCUAUUGAGUUCCCAUGUUUCGCCAACUGCAAACAGCAUGGUUUUAACAGCUUUGUAACACCAUUUGAGGACGAAUCAGAAGCAGUUUUUCACUCCAUAUAUCGAGGAAUAUGUGAUGCAUGCAAGGAUUUAAACUUAAUCAACAAAGAAUUCAUAGCAAUGAGACAACAGUUCGAGGAGCAACGUCAAGACCGUUUGGAGCACUUAGUGUCACGUAAAAGGUCUUCUGGGCAAAUGCACGCAGCUUCGCGGUUUGCACGGAGGAGCAACAAUAGUAUCAGUUCACAACAUCGGAUUCGUACUGGGAGUUGUACCGCGAUCGAGCUGGCCUACAAGUCAAGCUUUCUGGAAAGUAACUGGAGAUUUGCUGCAAUGGUUGUCGAUCGGCUUUGUCUUUUCCUGUUCACAAUCUUCAUUACUGUUGCUACCGGUGUAAUAUUAUUGCCAUUUCUAGUCAAAGAAACGCAGUGA